UGGAACAGCUCGCAUUCCAACUUUGCCGUAGUCAUCAAACUUUUUUGUCGGUAAUAACACAGACACAGAGCAUUUCACGGAAGCUUAGUUUUGUAACAUGCGAUGAGCUCGCGUCUUCGCUACAGUGUGAAGGGGUCAAUUAUCAUUGUCCUCCUGUCUGUACUACUGUGCUGGUUAAUGCUUCAUCGUCACGUUAAGUCAACGUUGCACGAAACACCAUACGGUCCUUCAACCGGUGGGAACAACGAUGGGCAAUACCAACCCGAUGGAACCUCGACUCAAUUAUGUCUUAAGCUGAUCAAAGAAAUGAUGGGAAGAAAGCAAUCGCCAGGGCCAGCAUAUAAGUUUGACAAGGCGGCAACGUCAUCCCCAAAUGCUGAAGCUGAACAGCCCGAAAGGCAGGCCUUCCAGGGGAGACCUGUAGGACUGUUUGCCGUUGCUGGUUGCGUUCUUGUAAUUCUGGUUAUGUUGACAUCUCGCAAAGAAGACACGCUGACCCAUCCGGUGCAACCCAUUGACAACGACGGACCCCAUCAUGGACCACCCCCUGUUUCCCUGGCUUAAUAUGCGACGAUGAACUUUGACUGUUAAUAGAACUCGUGAAAAUGUUGCCCUUAAUCACAUGCCCUAUCAUGACCGCUUAUCAAUUGCUACUUUAGGGUAGGCGUAGCUUUAAUUUUGCUUUCCAUGUUUUGUUUGUGUUUGGACAAUUUACAAAAGUUCUAACGUCAUGGCGGCACUGUAAGACCUUAGGUAAGACCCUGAUGAGCGCAAAGAGACCGAACAUUAUUUUGUACGAAUGUUUGCUGAUAAAGCUAAUAGCAUUGCUCACAUUUGAUGGUGCACACUUUAACAACCCCAUACGAUAAAACUACAGAUGUACGACAUAUUGAACCUUUUAAAAGCUUCUUGAAUGAGAAAGGAAACAGAGCAGGUUGUCUUUAUAUAUGUAUGUAUGUAUGUAUGUAUGUAUGUAUGUAUGUAUGUAUGUAUGUAUGUAUGUAUGUAUGUAUGCAUGUCUGUGUGUGUGUGUCAAUUGUAACAGCAUUUGUAAUACAAGAUUAGAAGGCCAGUAUGGAGAACUAAAAUUCUCAUUGUCAUCACUUAAUGCCCUUUUUGCAUCUUUUGAGCUACAAUUAGUAGACUUGUAAGAUGUAUUCUGUAUUCUGUCUCUUUUUUUGUUGUCGUUUAUAGUUGACCAUAAAAAAGUUACUGCACUUUUAGUCGUGUCAAUAAAGCUUGUUGUUGCAUAGAACAAUUCUGUCUCUAUAUUUCUCUGUGUUUAUUUAUCUACACUUAGGUAAGAAUACAUAUCAACUUUCACAAAAAACGUCCUGACCUAUGGCGUCACGAGACAGG